AUGAGUAAGGUGAAAGUUGAGGAGAACAUCAUGUCAUACCUGUCGCAGAGUGAGACUGACACCAGCCCCAAAGACUUGAAUGUGGUGGCCAUGCUCCAUAACUUCUGGGAGCAGAAGCAGACGAGUAAGUCAAAUGGUUCCUUCAGUGAAUCAUGUGGUCCUGGUGGGGACACAGUCGUCCAGACCGAGAGCCUGCUGUUGUACGAGUCUGCACCCUCCCCCGGUCCUCCGUACAUCUGCUAUGUCACCCUUCCUGGAGGAAGCUGUUUUGGUAAUUAUAAGGUGUGUGACACUCAGGCAGAAGCUCGGAGGGAUGCAGCUCGUGUGGCUCUGAUGAACUCUCUCGUGAACGAGCUGCCGUGUCGACGCAUCAACCCUCAGUUCAUCACUCAGAGUUUGCAGCAGGCGGCCACAGACAGCGCUGUCUCAAUAGAAGAUGCAUGUGAUUCCAGCACCAGUAUAGGAACCUACAGUUUGCUCCUUCACUCCUACAUAGGAAAGACGAUGCUGGAGUUCCAGGAGAUGAUGACAGUUUUCCAGUUGUUGCACUGGAACGGGACACUGAAAGCUUUGAGGGAGAGACAGUGCUCACGACAGAGUGUGAUCGCCUAUUACUCUCAGCGAGGUCUUGAUGAGUACAUGCGCAGCAGCAUGGCUCUGGAUUGGCUCGGACGGGAGCAGAGGUCGCCGGGGCGGCUCGGGGAAGAACUCCAGGUGGCACAGAGGGAGCUAGUGUUGGCCCGACGUCGAGGCAUAGAACUACGCUUCUACAAGGAAAAAACAGAGAUCCUCAGUUUAGCUCUGAGUCAAGCGUACAUUCACCACACACCUGAAGCCCCGAGCCAGAUACAGAGUCACAUGCACGAGCAACUUCCCCUACACAACUUAUACAGCCAGGACACAGACACCCAGAUAAUCCCUCCCUGCAGUCCUUCACCAACCCUUCAUAAAAACACAAAGCAAACAGUCUGUCAAACCUCUGGCAAACAAAUGGCCUCCAACAGUCCUUCACCGUGCUCACAGCAGACUUACGUGCCUUUGAAUAACUUUGAGUAG